CUUCGUGGUGGUGCUGCAGCGACAGAAGUCCAUUUGACGAUGGACAGAGGCUUUCUGCGGAUCAGGCAACUAUGCGACGACGCGAUGGUAUUUUUUGUAUUGACCAUAUGUAAAGUACUCUCAAAUAGCAGCAAUAGGAGACAUACGGAGGAAGACUGCAGAGAUCAAUACGUGGGCUGAAUUACAGUGGUCUAAAGUCGAUGUACCGCUCGCAUUUUUCGAACCAGGGGGGUUUUCGACCUGCAGGGAGGGACGUUAGCAAGUUUGCGAAAACAAUGUUGAUAUUGGUUUAUUGUUAUUUGGCAACUCUUGGCAAACAGAACAUCUCCCGCCGAGAACGUUGCCGCAUCGGACCUAGCGUUCUCGCAACUAUCAGUGGGGCGGGGCGCCAUUGCAGCGGUCAGCUGGACCCACAGCGGGGUAGAUCCACAAUGGACACAACGUUCAAUAUGUACCAUACUAAGAACUGGUAAAGCCAAUAAUUUCGUGGUGUUCUCGCUCCACACACUUCUUCCUUACCUAUAUAGAGAGCCACUGUUCUCCGGCAAUGCCGUAGGCGAUAUUUUUGUGAUGUUUCAACCUGUUUUCCAAGAUAUGAACGUGCUUUCUUAGUGGGGUGUAGUUGUGGCUUUGAUAAGCAGCAGACAGAUCAGAACCAGAGCUUCACAGCAGGAACCAAAAACGGGUCCGAUAAGCUGUCGCAAGCGUGGUGCUCAGAAUCUAAUCAUGACACCAUAGCAUCUGCAACUGUGCUAUGUUCUGGUGAUCCUCACGCCCGCAUAUGCUAGAGCACAAAGAACCAAUCAGAUUAUCAAUAUAUAACGUUCUUGCUGUAUAUUCCAGAAUCGGAUUUCCCAUUUUCUAGGUCCUACUUGCCAGAACGGAUCCCUAUCUUCCAUUAUUCCCCCUUUCUAAACCGUUUUUCGUCUUCCAUUUUCGACUUCCUGUAACUAUUCUUUGUUUUCGAUCCUCCACUUCCCAACCCAGUAUUGUAUUUUUGAAAUUUACAGAACUCCACUCGCCCGUCCGCCUUUUCUUAUCCCGGAGCUCUAUCUCAAGACUCCCAUCCCUAAAGAUAAGGAUUUUCGAAUCCCACUAUCUCUGUUUCAUUACUGUCAAAGUCAAAUCACCAAAGUCGUGCAGCCUUAGCAUUCAUCUGAGGACUCUCCUAUUUUAUAAUUUACAACAUGACAAGAACGACAGGCUUACAUUUCUGCUAGAGCCUUGUGGCGUUACAGUAGAUUUACGCAUGAAAUGUUGCAUUCUCUCAAGGGAACAAUAUCGGGAUGGGAAGUUGAAAUUU